CGUCACUCUCCUUCCUCCACCUCUCCCCGCUGCGCUCCGCGAUGGCCUCCUCCCAGCUCGUUCAGCGUUCCCUGCGUGCUGUGCGCUCUCAGCAGGCAGUGACCCGUCUCGCGCGCCGGACCGCGGCGACGGCGUCUACCUCUGUGCGCGAGAAGAGCAGCAAGGAGCUCUACACGCCGGACAAUGCGAUCUACAUCGGCACGGUGAACGACCCGGUCGAAUUCCCGCCGCCAUCGCGCGUACACGGCUCCUACCACUGGGCAUUCGAGCGCCUGCUCUCCGCGGCCCUCAUCCCGCUCACCGCUGGGGCCUUCGUCGUCAACGGCAGCGUUAUCGACGGCCUCCUCGGCCUGACGCUCGUCAUUCACUCGCACAUCGGGUUCGAUUCUUGCCGCGUGGACUACCUCCACCCGCGCAAGUUCCCUACUCUGGGACCGAUCGUGACGUGGGGUCUGCGCGCCGCGACGGCCGGUGUGCUUGUGGGCGUAUACCAGUUCAACACGAAUGACAUUGGCCUUACGGAGCUCAUCGCCAAGGUCUGGCACGCGUGAUUGUACCCUUCCUACCCUUAUUGCCUGCAUUAUUACUCGCAUGAAUGUAACAAAUACUUCUGCAAUCUGGACGCCGGUUUCUUCAUCC